AUGAAUUCUGUGGAGCUCGAGGUCACCGCAUCCACGGAGUUGUUUCAGUCCUUGGAUACCCUUCUGGAACGGUAUCUGCAUUUACUGGAUCGGCAACAACAAAUGCAGUCGGAGUUAGCGAAAGAAAUGUCUUCGGGAUUCCUCUCACUUGCCCAUGCAAACUACCUUUGUCCUCCUGGUCGACGAUAUGGCGCCGAUUAUUAUGAUGAGCGAAUGAAGACGAAUCAAAGAAUAUCGAUUCGAGAAGCCCAAGAGAAUGAUGAGGUCGAAUACCAAAUCUUGCUUGAUUAUAACACUCAACACCUUCCAGACAAAUCAACCGAGACACAGCUUGAAUCGCCAACUUCCAAGGUUCCUCAGAAUGAAGGUGUGGCUCAAAUCGAGUUGCAUACACCGGGCAGUGAUUGUGAUCCGCUAGUAGACAAUGUUAACGUCUCAAGGUCCUUGGAGGAGAAGAAGAAGGAUCCACCCAAGAAGUUUCAAUCUGAUGAUCCUAUCUAUUGGUAUGGUGUUCUGGUACCAUCAUCAUUGCGCACGGCCCAAAAGGCCUUUACAGAAGGGAUCCGACGUCAGGUACCUGAACUAGCAGCCGUGACGGUGGAAAUGCGCGCUCUAGAACAAAAGAUUCGUCACUUGCGGACUAAACUGGAUUUGGUAUCUAACGGUCAAUGA